UAAAUUCCUCUUCUCCAUUAAGGACAAAAUUUCCAGAUGAAGAAGAGAACAGGUAGGGAAAAAUCCCUGGAAGAGUUCUCUAAGAAAGAAGUCUUCAGAAGCACACAGCUGGAGCAGGAAAAGGGAACUGACUUACUUCCACUCUGGAACCACUGCCUCAUGUCACAAUUGGCCCAUUAGGAAAAACUACAGAUUCCAGAAAAGGUCCCCUAAUUAUACUAACUUCUUGCAACAGAUUGGAAUGUGAUUCAUCAUGAAUGAAAAUUAUGCUGCCACUGGGAGUGGCAAUGGCUUUAUAUCCCAUUGCUCCAGAAGCCCUGUCAUCAAGCUGAACAGUCCAGUUCGCACCAUCAGUCCUGAGAAGGUGCUGGUUUUCAGACGAGUUGUUUCAAUCUGAGGUUCACUGUGAAAUCCCAGAUGUGAUGAAUCAGGAAUCAUCUGUGAAGUGCUGAACGAUUUAGCCACGUACUGCAGAAAACCUUCUUGUGCUUCACCAAGAGAGCUGAGCAAAAGAAAAAGAAAUGAAAACAUCUUCUUCUCCCCGCUAAGUCUCUCAGCUGCCUUUGGGAUGGUUGUCCUCGGAGCCAGGGGCAACACACUCAAACAGAUUGAGAAGGUAUUUCAUUUCAGUGAAGUUUUGAGCAGUACAAAGGAGAGAAACAUAUACCCUUCCGAGAAGUGUGAAGAAGACAGAGAAGUCCAUUCCCAGUUCCAGGUUCUGUUGGAUGCAGUCAGUGAACCCAGACCAGGCUGCUCUCUUACCAUUGCCAACAGGCUCUUUGGAGAAAUUACUUAUCCAUUCUUCCAGCAAUAUUUGGAUUCCACAAAGAAAUUCUAUCGAGCAGAACUAGAAGCUGUCAAUUUUAAAUACACUGAAGAAGAAGCGAGAGAGAAGAUUAACUUCUGGGUGGAAAAUGAGACAAAAGGUAAAAUCAAAGAUCUAUUUGCUGCUGGGUUUAUUGAUCCCUCCACUGUACUUGUCCUGGUCAAUGCUAUAUAUUUUAAAGGAAAGUGGGCAGUAGAAUUUAAAAAAGACGACACUAAGGAAACAUAUUUCCAGCUGAACAAGAAUGAGAAAAAGUCAGUGCAGAUGAUGUACCAAGAAGGUUAUUUUAACGUGGCCUUCAUAGAUGAACUGAAAAUGAAAGUGAUAGAGCUCCCAUACUUUAAUAAUGAACUGAGCAUGUUCAUUCUGCUUCCCGAUGUCUGUGAGGACUUUACUGGUCUAGAACAGCUUGAAUGCACACUGACGUAUGAAAAACUAACAGGAUGGACCAGUUCAGCUAGGAUGCAACAGCUGAGAGUGAAGGUGUACCUGCCUCGGUUCAAGAUGGAGGAAAGUUAUGUUCUUAACAGAAUUCUCCAGCAGAUGGGAGUGAUGAAUGUUUUUGACUGGGGAGAAGCUGAUUUGUCAGGAAUCUCUAGGAAAGACGGUUUAGUUGUGUCCAAGGUCAUCCAGAAGUCAUUUGUAGAAGUCAAUGAAGAGGGUACUGAAGCAGCUGGUGCUAUGGGACUUGUUUUAGCGCCUCUGUGUUGCCCAGUUUCUUAUGAGUUCAAAGCUGACCACCCAUUCCUCUUCUUCAUCAGACACAACACAACCAAUACCAUUCUCUUCUUUGGAAGAUAUUCCUCCCCGUAAAUGCAGAUCUUUUUUCCCCACUAACGUCUCCACUGGCAAGUUUUGUCCUCCACUGGGGACAAAAGACAGGCACAUUUUCACUAUGCUUUAUCAUAAUGUGUUAAUUAGCUGUAAAAAAAAGACUAUCUGAUGAGAGCCAAAUUACAGAUAUAAACCUAAAAAGCAGUAACUUAUUUCCUUUCUAACAUCAACUUUAGGCAUGUUUUACUUUCAGGAGGCCUCACUAAAAUAACAUCUACCUUAAAAUACACUAUGUGAUCUACCUUAAAAUACACUAUGUGAUAUUUGCCAAAGAGCUGUAGGCCUCUGCAUGGAAAAUCUUAUUUUGAUCUUUCCCUAGCGUAGCAUGUCUCAAAAAACCCUAUGAUUUUAAACCCUAUGCCAUAAAGAUCAGUGAUAGAUUCUCCCACAUGAAGGAGUCAGGAGGAUAGGGAUCUGCAUUAAAAGGGUAAACUUAGAUACUCAGUAGCUUUUCGCUUUACCUACCCAACUUCUGUACAGGUCUCAAGGAAAAUGCCACUUUAUACGGGAGUAGCAAAGUGUUCUCGUGGGACCUCUCUUUUAAAUGUAGAUCAGGGGUAAGUGUUCAAGCUGGAAUGAGGCUCUCAGGAUUUGUUCUCAGAGAACAGAGAAAGCAGAAGACUUUUCUCUUGUAGUCUUGUUUGUUCUCAAGCAGGGCAGGCUCUUCCUUACUUUUUCCUGUGAGGAAACAGGUAUGUGCUACAAAGUUCUCCAACUCCUCCAUAAACUUCCACGUAACAAAGACAAGGUUUCAGAAUAAUGGAAGGCCUUUUCUGAUAAGACCUGCUCUGCAGUGGCUGUGAAUUAGACACUUAAUUCCCACAUAAAACUUUAAGCUGUGAUCAGACAUUCUUGGUUUUAAAGAAACCCAGCUCUCUUUCUUUGUGCCUCUGAUAUUAUGAGCUUCUUGUUCCAACCGUUUCAUUCCUCAUCAGCAUAAAAAAACAUAAUAAAAAAUGUAGUGAUUGUAUUAAGGUGGGUAGCCUCUAUUUGUUCCAUUUAUCAUAAUAAAACCACUCCAAAUUAAAUAAGUAAUGUAGUAGUCUGCAGAAUUAAGUGGACAGAGGAAUAGUCUAAUACAGCAGGUAAAAAUAUUGGCAAUCCUUAGGGAACACUAAAGUCUACCUCCCAUUUGAAAAUAUUCAUUGUGUUAAAUUUAGACACCAGACAGCUUGAAACAGACCUUGAAACACAGCUACUCCUUCUCUCUUGUAUUUGAUUUUACCAGAGAAUUAAGAGUGCAGUUUUAGGACAAGGCUGAGCCAUUCUAAUGCCAGGAAGAGGAUAUUGCUCCCUUUGUCUCCAUCCUUCCAUGUGUUUCUUCUCCCUCCUUUAUGCUAACACGAUUACUUGCUUGAUUAGGUGAUGAACAGUUCUCUGGGACUGAAGAGGAAAUUCUUUCUUCCUCUUAAGAGGAAAAAUUUUGGUUAAGGUAAUUUUCUUGCCGAUGAUCUAGUUGCCUAAAAAAUCUCCUGGAUGUUGCGGACGAGGUCGUGUGAAGGCAUUGCGAGGGAUCAUGAAGAAGAGAGCAGCCUGCCCAGUUAGGAAGUAGGCAAUGUCCAAAAUCUACAGACACAUGAAAAAUACUUGCUUUCAAAGGAGAAACACUCCAUUUUACUCUCCUUUUCCUGUUGCUCACUGAUGGGGAGAAGGGAAUUACUGGGAGCAGUGCUCGUUCUGUACUGUGAAUUCCAAGGGCUCUUCCAAAUGCUGAGAUCUGCAGGAAAAUUUACAGUAAAUUACUGUACUCAACACAAAUUCAAUUGCUAAAUAAAGAAGACAGAUGAUAGUCUGUAGAGCUGCCUCAGGUGGCUGCAAUUUCAUUAUGAAAUACAGCUUGAAAUAGUGAAAUUACCAGUAGAGGCACAGUUUUCACCUCAAUUGGUUGAGAAAAGAAAACCAAACACAAGCUGUGGGUCUUCUGAUGAAUAAGGUAUGCAAAAAACAGCCACUCAUGAUUUUCAAUGACUGCCAUCAAUGUUCUGUGUAUAUCUGGAAUGUCUCAAAUGCAAAUUACUUACUUUAAAAAAAAAGAGUGAAAUGAUUAGUAUUAGAAUGUAGUAGUUUGCGUAAUCAGAUCUGUAUAUUUUUAGAUAAAAGGUAAAAGAAAAACAAUUAAUGACAUGUGUGAUAAAGAAAAAUGCUGUAAAAUGUUAUCCUGAAUUGAACAAGUCUCACAAGAAAAAGAAUUUUGUGUGUGAGCAAAGGAGGUGUGGCUGAAACAAAUAUUGUCAUUUAGCUCACUACAGCAGAGGUAGUCACUUACAACCUUUGUAUUACUACUUUUUUUAAACUUGC